UUUGCUUCAGCCAUCAUCGACCAUUGUGAUGAUGCAAAGAACAAACACGUCAAUCACGAAUUUUGUGCUUCUCUUUUACCCGUAUCGUGGACUGUUUUGCGUGAACAACGGCCUCCUAGUGUCAAUGUUGUCGCCGUUUGUUGCUUUACGGACCACUCUCGCAAACCAUGAAAAUAGAAAUAAUAAUGGCAUUAAUAGCAGUAACAAAAUGGGCAACAAUAAUCUAAAUACUGAACUUGAUCCUCCAAAUUCGUCAAGUUCGUUCGAUUCUAGGAAUACCGAAAACGGAAAUAACGAAAAUAAAAGAAGCAAUACCAAUGGAAAUGACAUUGAUUGCUAA